ACAUUUCCCAUAGUCCUUAGUGUGGCGGAGAACACUUCCGCCAAAACAAGGAAGUUGGUGUUGUGGGAAUAUGAAGCGAGUAACCCAUCAAGUGUGUGAUGAUGGCCCAGUUCCUGUGGAGCAGGAGACGGAGGGUCAGAGACAGUUGCACACCCUGUUGCUUCAACAGCUUGAUACUGAUGUCAACAUUGACCGUUGUGUUGCAAAGAAGAAAUGCUUUGCCCCAGCUGCGGUUUACAAGCCAUUCGGCGAGCAGGCAGCAGGAGUGCGCAGUCUGGCCCAGUUCCAGGCACUGCAGGAUGGAGAGAAAGAACUCGCCAGUCUGAGAGAGCUGGGUCUCACUGAAACUGAGAUCGAGCUGUGGAGAAACAGAAAUCUGCCAGUCAGUGGUGGGAAGAACCGGGGAGUGUGUGCUGCUCCAGAGGCAAGGGAUAACAGACUCCAGGUAAUUCGGGACAAGAUGUCAGUACGAGAGGAGUUACUGUCACGACCCCAACGCUUCUCAGGUAGCCGAGCUCUCUCACGCAGAGAAAUGGAGAUCGAGAAGGCUCUGUUCCAUGGCAGUGACCGCUCCAGCUUUCUUACCGCCCUCUACCAUCAAGAGGAAAAUUCACAGAAUGACCAGCAGGGGGAGACACCUGCCAACUCAAUGGAUUCAUUAUACAGAGACUUUCUCACAGACCAGCAGAGAACCACAGUAACUGACCCAUGUUCAUCCCACCAAGAACCUUUAAACAAAGCCGAUUUGUUACCUGCUACAGAAUCUCACCAGACACCCAUUAACACGAUCCAGUCAUCAAUAAACGACGUGUCCAGCUCAGUCAUCAGCACACAUAAUCAAACCAAGGAUGAGAAUCAAGGAAAACACAGCUCAUUAUUUGUUCCAAAGAAAAUUACAGUAAGCCAGACUAUUGGCAGUCUGACUGUUACUUCAAGCCAGUGUCAGAAAGGUCCAGUAACAGUCAGCGGUAGCAUAGAGGAGAUUUCGGAUGAGGAGAUCCGGAACAAUCGGGAGACGGAGGAUGGCAUCAGGAAAAUUCCACGCUUUCAGAACUACCAGUUUGGAGAGCCUUCCAAUGUGCUGUGUAUAAAAAACUUAAGUCAUCAGGCCUCUCUUGCCCAGCUGGUGUCCCUUUUUUCCAGAUUUCAGAAGGAUGAGACGAAUCCAAUUGUUUACCGCUUGCUUACAGGCAGAUUGAAAGGCCAAGCCUUCAUCACAUUCUCUGAUAUUGAGACCGCUCAAGCAGCACUGGACAUGGUGAACGGGUACAGGCUGCUAGGCAAGCCCCUCGUCAUUGAGUUUGGCCGAGAGAAAAGACAAGCAAAGAGUCAGGACUCUUCUGCAGAACACAGUACGAAUUCACCCCAAAAAGCUGUGCAAAACAGCAAGGACUGAAAGAAUGAAAUCGUCUGUUUGUAAAAUACUGUAAAUAAAUAUUUAUAUAAACACUA